GGUCGUCUUGACGAAAAACUAAAUCUGCUAACCAACCCACAUUUUCUGUGUUGAAUCAACCAUAUCCGGGUCUAUCGUGAAGUUUUUCUGUCCUUCGAUGGGUCUAGCUUUACUUGGAAUCAGCCUACUUUCAAGCCUUCCCUUCCCAUGUGUGAAUAUGCAGGUGCUAGUGGUGGGCUGCAGGAGCUAGCAGGACAUGGGUUCUUGCUCAUAAGGACAAGGAUCCCCCUCUCGCUCCCUAUACUUGCGAGCUCCUUUGCACCUUUCGUUUUCUCCUUUUGAGUUCAACAACAACAAUGGCAGCAUUUUCCAAGCCCCGAUUUGGCUUCGGUCGAACGACGACCCACGACGAAGUCACGCCGGUCGCCAUGACUACGGUAGAGGGAGACAAGAAGGAUCCUGCCAUCGGCAGUCCCGACGAUGCCGCUGCAGACCAGAGCAACGAGAAGCCACCACUAGAACUUCCUAGCCAAGAUGCGCAACGAGGUGUUCAGAAUGUUGAGGCCGUGACUCUGACCUGGUCGAAGAACUCGCUGAUCGCCGUCUUCAUCCUUAUGUUCCUGCUUUAUUUCGUCAACGCAUUCCAGGCCUCGAUUCUCUACAACUUGGUCCCUUUUGCCACCAGCGACUUCGAAUCUCACUCGCUAUUGACCGUCAUUUACAUUGUCUCAAAUGCCAUGUCGGCUGCAGUGUACAUCCCGUUAGCGAAGAUGAUGGACCUCUGGGGUCGAGCUGAAGGCUUCCUCGUCAUGGUUGCCUUCGCUAAUCUGGGCUUGAUUCUUAUGGCCACAUGCAAUGGUCUUUCCACCUUCUGUGUCGCACAGGUGUUUUACUCAAUCGGAUUCGGAGGCAUGACAUACAGCGUGGAUGUGAUCACGGCCGAUGUGUCCAAGUUGAAGAACCGAGGUUUGGCGUAUGCCUUCACAUCAUCUCCAUACAUGAUCACGGCAUUCGCUGGUUCCAAAGCUUCGGAGGCUUUCUACUACCACAUCAGCUGGCGAUGGGGUUUUGGCUGUUUUGCCAUCAUCUUGCCUUUCGUGGCUGCCCCCUUAUUUGUGCUGUUGAAAGUCAACCUUCGAAAGGCCGAGAAACAAGGCCUCGUGUUCAGGGAAAGGAGCGGCCGGUCAUUAUUGCAGAAUAUCUGGCAUUACACCCUGGAGUUCGACGCACUUGGAGUCGUCUUGUUCGCCGCCGGCCUCACGGUGUUUUUGCUACCGUUUACCCUCGCUGAUACCGCCCCAAAUGGCUGGGCGUCGGGUUACAUCAUUGCCAUGAUUGUGGUCGGGUUCGUCUUGCUCGUCAUCUUUGGCCUCCACGAGACAUACCUAGCCCGAGCGCCUUUCCUCAACAUUCAGCUCCUGGCAAAUCGGACCGUCAUCGGCGCAUGCCUACUGGACGUAACGUACCAGGUCUCGUAUUACUGCUGGAACAGCUACUUCACGUCCUUCUUACAAGUGGUCAACAACUUGACCCUGGCUCAGGCUGGAUACGUCGGCAGCACAUUUGACGUGGUCUCUGGUGUGAUUCUGUUGUUUGUCGGCUUCUUGAUCCGCAAGACCGGCCGAUUCAAGUGGCUCUUGUACUUUGCCGUUCCGCUCUACAUCCUCGCACAAGGCUUGAUGAUCCACUUCCGCCGCCCCAACGGAUACAUCGGCUACAUUGUCAUGUGCCAGGUCUUCAUCUCCGUCGGCGGAAGCAUCUUCAUCAUCUGCGAGCAGAUCGCCAUUUUGGCCGCCGUCGACCAUCAGCAUGUCGCUGCCGUACUUGCCUUGCUGUAUGUCAUGGGCAACAUCGGCGGUGCUGUGGGGAAUAGCAUCUCUGGUGCAAUCUGGACAAACACCUUCGAGAAAGCCCUUGAGCGGUAUCUCCCGGCGUCGGCCCUGCCCGACAUACAAGACAUUUACAACAGUCUGGACACGCAGCUGACCUAUGCUGUUGGAAGCCCCGAGAGACUGGCAAUUCAACAGGCGUACGGUUAUGCGCAGGAGAGAAUGCUGGCUGCUGGAACCGGUAUCAUGGCUCUGUCGAUCAUUUGGAUCCUCUUGAUUAGGAACAUCGACCUCACCAAGAUUCCCCAAGUCAAAGGUAUGGUGUUUUAAGGGGGGGAACUGGGAAACGCCGACUUUGGGAGAGAUACCUGACAGAAAUAUUCGUUCUCGAGUUAGUUUAGAACAACAACCUGCAGUCUUCUUCGUAGUAUUCGCUCUCCGUGGCAUCUCCAAA